GUUAAUGCUUAAGUAAGGUGCUAUUCUCGAUUCGACGAAGCUUCAUUUCUAGUCGCUACAAAGUAAUCUUUCAGAUCUGAUAUUUAGAGAUCGCAGAAGGAUCCGUCCGAGCCCGGCACAAGCUUCUUUCGCCCUAAAAUAUUCAGGAUGGCUGGCGAAAAUAGGAAAGACAAGAAAACUCUGAUUAUAAUUCUGGUCUUAGCUGUUUUAGGAAGCAUCAUAGCUUUGGUUGUGAAUUCCCUCAAAAGAAUAGAUACAUGGGAAGUCGGUAUUUCCUACGAUGUCCAUCAAAAGAAGCUUGGAGAUAAAAUCCAGACUGCAGGGCUCCACAUGGGUACACCAGGCUUCCAGUUCAUCAAGUUCCCCAGUGUAUUUAAGACGAUCAAAUUCAACAAGAUCACUUGCUUCAACAAGGAAGGCGUAAGCAUUGUAAUCCAUGAGCAGUUCCAGUACCGUGCGAGACCCAAGAACCUACGAGAUAUAAUUAUACGGUAUAAGAACCAUGAAACUUAUGCCAAAUUGCUAAGGUCUCUCGCCUUGGCUGCGAUUCACGAUUCUUGCAGCGCGUUUAACGUCACGCAGUUCCAAACACAACGAGCCGUUUUCCAAGAAUACGUCAGAACGUUGACUGCACAGCGAUUUAACAAUGUGAGCGCUGAUCUGACUGAUCUGCAAGUUAGUAGUAUUGUGAGACCUGCGUCGUAUGAGACAGCGGUCAGAAAUAUGGAAAGUGCUGAAGAGAACAUCAAGCUAGCUAAAGCGCAGCGACCAAGGUUACUUAUAACAGCGAACACCGCCAAACAAGAAGCAAUAACCGCUGCACAAAUCACCAAGCAAAAGGCCGAUGCUGAAGCAAGUGUGAUUCUCGCUCAAGCAGACGCCACAGCUGCUGGGAUCACGUCGACUUUUGAAGCAGAAGCAACAGCCUACGAGGCAGUACUCACCAACCAAAAUCUGACCAUAGAAGGACUCUUGUCUUACAUGGCGGUGCGUGCGGUUGCAGAGAAAGGAAAGGUCAGCGUGAAUCUGAAAGAACCGGCAAGAACCAAGUACACUCAUACUUGAUUGGCAUCAAUUAUUUCAAAGGAAACCUUUUGAAAGUAUAUAAUAUAGAUCUUCCUCUAAUAGAGACAUCAGGCUCUUUGGACGCAUCGGCCUUGAAGACACAACCGAGGUUAAAUUGUUCUCUCCCGCGAUGUUAGUUCCGCAGUCAAGCAUUUGAGGCCAAAAACUGCGCGGAAUAAGACCCUUGCAUUAUAGUAUCAUCUACGACUACCAGAGUUCCGUGCACACUUUCUUGUGUUCAGUUAAUUAGCACUAUUGUCUUAGAGUGCAUACCAUAAAUUC